AACCUACUAGGGGAAAACAAGACAACGUACCACUUGACGAUAGUAGACCCUCUUAUCAUCCUGGUUGCAAAUAGUCUUCACUGAGCCACUAUGUAAAACUGAUUAAGAACACGUUUUUCUCUUAACUUUAGGGUUGACGAGGACUUGCGUGUCUACAAAGUAGCGAGAGGGGGCAACCUCACUCUCCUCUACAGAAACAAGUACUACAAGGAAACUUAAAGCGUGCGAAUGUUUCCCAGUAUCUGAAAGUGGCCACAACCUAUUUGUUUUGAACUCGAGAUGGUUCCUUGUCGUUUAGCCUUACGUACAAAUUUUCCUUGUGACAACAACAUGUACUACGAAUGAGCAAAAAAGUGAUUUGUCAUGAUACGGCCCGUUGUGAUUCAAUCGACCAAUCAAAUUCAUCCGAAAGGGAUAAUCCUAGUCCCUACAUGAAUCAGCAAGAACAGGUCCCAGCUCAGAAUAGAAUCCUUCGUAAUCGUUGUGUUGUCCGAUUGUGGUUGACGCUAAGGAGUUUCUCUCUCGGCUCUACCUGUGGCCCUCCUUGGAUACCUAGUGAGGGGGUUAUUUGAGAGGGAUUGGUUGGUUGUAGUUUCCCUAGGAUUAUGGCGUCGCCAUUUUCAACUUCAUUUUUCUCUCUAACAGAAGGCGGUGAUAUGCUUGAAGCAGAUACUUUGGAGAGUGAAAGACCGUAUUCUUCUCGAUUGGAACAGAGCGGGAGUUACCUAUUGCCUAGUUUGGAUGACGGUGAUGCUCUUGGCUUUCGUUGUUUUUCCAGGAAACUGUACGAAGAGCACCUUCCAGCUUCCUUAAAUCACUUUCACAGUGAUGACUCUUACGGAAUAACCUUUGAGCAGUUACAGGGAGGGACUCUUGGACAUCAGUGGAGUAAUUCUUCCUUGAGUUCACAACUUACUUCGGAAAGUUGUUUUUCUUUGCAGAGAAGUACUUCAUUGCCUACCAAUACAGUGAGAAAUUCACAAGUUUAUGGUCUUACAGAUCAUCAUCAUGAAAGUGACGAAAAGGAUAGUGAUGUUAUAGGGAAACUUGUGACGAGGAGGAGUUGUCCACCUGGGCGAAUUGCUCAAGUGAAUGGUUCCAGCUUUCAAGUACUGUCUCCAGUAUCCAAUCGUGACAGCAGUUACUCUACAGUGGAUGCGGAUGAAAGUGAUUCUGGUUCAUUUGAUGGUACUCAAUUUGCGAAGACUCGUAGAAGUAGAGCAAGAUUGAAUCAUAACUUGGAAAAGUUGCGAGAAUUGUUACCUUCUUCUGAAUGUAGCAGAAGAGAAAGCAAAUCUAACCUUAUUAAACGCGCGUGUCAUGUCGAUGAUGAUCAUGUAUCUUUACUGAACAAGCCCAUUGUACUUCUCUCCUUAUUCAAUCGUAUUGUAACCCAAAAAAUGAGAGCUAAUGAAGACUUGUGCUUAAAGGGAAAGCAAGUAUUGUUAGCUCCUUAUGAAAAAGAGUUUGUACCUCUUUAUCACACGUGGAUGCAAAAUAAAACCUUGUUGGAACAAACUGCAACGGAGCCUCUUUCUUUAAAAGAAGAAUAUGAAAACCAAAUAUCUUGGAGAGAAGACCCUCACAAAUGUAGUUUCAUCAUAAUUUAUAUACAACAAGAACAACCACAACAAAUUGUAGGAGAUGUGAAUGCAUUUCUUCUUCAAGAUGAAGAUAGCAGUGCAGUGGAAGUGGAAGUGAUGAUAGCAGAGACUAGUUAUCGUCGUCUAGGGUUAGCAACGGAAGCUGUGCAGUUGUUGUUGUUGUUUGUCAACCGAUACUUAGGUUUGAAUACUUUUAUUGCCAAAAUAGCCACCGGCAACACUGCUUCGUUGGGUUUGUUUCGUCGUCUAGGUUUUGAAAUAUAUCGUCAAGUACCGUACAACUAGGCUCUUGGAAACGAGAUUGGUA